AUGCGCCAUUUUGUUGGUUGUUCCCGCAGCCUUGUGGGAUCAAACACUCAUUCUUCUCAACGACAUCAUCGCAACUACCACCAACUAGAUCUCCGAGAGUCAAAUUGGAUGCGCACACUUGAGCCUCAUUCCGCUCUCUCUGCGUUGUCUUGGUUGAAGAAAUCUCACCCACCCAAGGUCGGAUCAGUCAACAUGCAUCAUGGCUUGCAUGCCUUCAGCGCCCAUCAUAGGCGGUCGAUUGAGCAGCAUCUGCCGGAGUAG